AUGUGGAAACAUAUUCAAUUGAUUGUAUAUCGUAUUAUUGACAUUGGUGAAUUUCUCAAAAAUGAAUUUAGAGAUUGUGUUGUACUUUCUUUUACCGAUCAGAAGUUGUGCUUGGAUUAUGUCAAUUCAGUGCAUAAAGCAGAAACAAUAUUCUUAGUUUUGUCGUUCAUGGACGUGAAGGAAAUUUUGAAUAUUAUUCAUAGGUUACGACAAGUAGACUCAGUUUUUAUUUAUUCUUCUGAACAGCAAUAUAAGCAAUAUGAAGAUUUACUCGACAAGUAUUCUAAAAUCAUCGACACUUUUCAUCAAUAUACAGAUUUAGUGCACUCAAUUCAAGAAAAUAUUGAUCUAUCUUUUCAGCAGUUACAAUCAUUCAGAUUUUAUGAGCAACAUCAGAAAUCCACACGUGACUUGUGCAAAGAAGCCGGUAGUUUUCUUUGGUUACGUAUAUUCAAAGAUGUGGUGUUAAACUUGCCACAUGAUGAAAAGGCAAAGAAAGAAAUGAUUGAAACACUAAGAGUAUGUUAUCGAAAUAAUCGAUGUCAACUAAGACUGAUCGAGCGAUUCAAUCGGGAAUAUCAAUCUGAACAUGCAAUUCUUUGGUAUACGGGACAACCAUUUUUAUACAAACAACUCAAUCGAGCAUUGCGCACUGAAGAUAUUAAUUUUCUCUAUACAUUUCGCUAUUUCAUUUAUGAUCUAACAAAACAACUUGAACAAGAGUAUCAAAAACAACGAGAAGAUUGUGAUUUCAUAAUUAAAUUGUAUCGUGGUGUUCGGCUAUCGAUUAAGGAAGUGAAGAAAUUAGAAACAAGUGUAAGUAAACUUCUAUCGACCAAUGGAUAUGUAUCAACGAGCCUUUCGAAACAGGUUGCUCUCGAUUUUCUUGGUUCGUCAAACGAUAACAAAGAAGAAGAAAAUGUUCUGUUUGAAAUUGAAUACGAUUUUGGCAAGAUCAAGUCGAUUAUUGUAGCUAGCACCGCUCAUUUGAGUAAACAUCGAAACGAAGAAGAAUUUUUGUUCGAUUUAGACGCAGUCUUUCACUUGCAAUCGAUCACAAGAGAUUUAUCAUCAAAUGUGAUACUAGUAAAAAUGACAGCAGUUGAUGAAGGAACCAAAAUUACAAAUGAGUAUAUUGAGGAGCAUAGAAGAUUUAUGAGUCGCGGAAGUGUUGUAAUCCUAUUCGGAUAUCUUCUUGCCGAUAUCGGCCAAUACGAAAAAGCGCAACACUAUUUUGAUUGUUUACUUGAAAAUCCAAACGGAGAAGAUGUGUCGUUUAUUCACUAUCAUUUAGGUGUUAUCAAAUAUUAUCAAGGAGACUAUGAAGCAGCUCUUAACUAUUAUCAAAAGUCUUAUGAUAGAUUAAUCGAAGAUAUUCCAUCACGUAAAGGAGCACUAUCAUUCGUACUCAAUGAUAUUGGCUCAAUUUUUAAGGCACGUGGACAAUAUGAUAUAGCUCUAGAUUUCUUUCUGUAUGCUCUUAAAAUAAGCGAGACUUACUCAAAUUACUAUAUAAUAGCUAAUAUUUUUGGAAAUAUGGGAAAUAUAUAUCGCAUCAAAGGAGAUCACGAUCGUGCAUUGUCAUGUCAAAUGAAAUGUCUUCAUAUCAGAGAAAAAUACCAACCUAGUUUUCACAAAGAUAUUGCUAAAGCAUUAAACAAUAUUGCAGUGAUAUACAACGAUAAAGAUGAUUUAGAUAAUGCUUUGGAAUAUCAUCAAAGAAGUCUAAAAAUGAAUGAACAGUGUCUCCCUGCUGAACAUGAGAAUAUUGCGUCAAGUUUAAUCCACGUGGGUAACGUCCUCAGCAAUCAAGGAAAAUUCAAUGAUGCACUUGACCAUUAUAUUCGAGCUCUCCAAAUCAGACAAAUUAUUUUUCCAAACGGUCAUCCGACUAUUGCUGCUAAUUUCAGCUCUAUUGGACAAACGUAUUAUUUAAAAAAAGACUAUGAUCAUGCGUUGAAGUAUCUUGAAAUGUUUUUACAUCAAAGAGAAACAUUUUUGCCUGGUGUGGAAGAUACAAAUUUAGUUGAUGUUUUCAAAUAUAUUGGCUUAAGUCUGAUUAAAAAAAACCGUCAUUAUGAUGCUUUGUCGUACUGUCAACGUGCUUUGAAAAUCAGCAAAAGUAUAUAUCCCGUUGGACAUGCCAUUAUUAUGGACUGUUUGACAAAUAUCGGUAUAGCUUAUUCUGGCAUAGAUGAUUAUAGCGAAGCAUUAAAGUAUUUCGAAAAAGCUCUUGAAAAUGAAGCCCAAAAUACUACUAAAUCAAAUCUCAUUCAGCGGGCUCGUAACUACGAUAAUAUGGGCAUGUGCUGGUGCCGUCAAGGUGAUGAGAAGACUGGAUUAAAAUAUCGUAUGGACGCUGUCAGAAUAAUUAGUCAAGUUUAUCCUCGUUCACAAUAUGCUGAUUGGAUAGACACAAUAGGUAAUGCUUUUAUCGAUAAAAAACUAUUUGAUGAAGCUCUAGAAUGUUAUUUGACAAGUUUGAAUAUGAAAGCAGAUUGUUUGCCAGCAGAUCACAUUGAUGUUGCAGAAAGUUUUAUGCUGAUUGGCGAUGUUUAUCUCGAGAAGAAUAAGAUAGAAGACAGUGAACAAUAUGACACUAAGGCUCUAUGCUAUUAUGAAAAGGCAUUGGCUAUUUAUCGACACUCUGACCAUCCAAAUAUAGCUUAUAUUUUGAAUAGCAUUGGUUCUAUUUAUGAAAACCUUAACGAAUAUCGCCUCGCACUUGUGUACUACAAAGACGGAUCUAUAAUGUAUCAAAAACAUUAUCCAUCCGAAGGCACAAUCAGACAACUCAACGAAAACAAUAUUUCUCGGAUUCAGCAGGUAAUGAACUAG